AUGCCUCAGAGCCAGGAGGGCACCGACGGUCUGUGUUAUCGUCACAGAAAACUGGUGUCAGGGUCUUUAGAGGCGCUCAUCCAGCACCUGCUGCCCACUCCACACUACUACCCAGACAGCUCCUACAGUUUCACCUUUCUCCUGAGUUCCCGCCUUUUCCUCGCUCCACACGAGCUGCUGCAGCGACUGAGUGAGCUGUGCAGUCACAAGAGCACACUGAAGGACAUCGGCCCCAAAGUCAUGCGUCUGCUGACAGAGUGGACCCAGAUGUUCCCCUGUGACUUCAGGGACGAGAGCAUGUCCCGCAGCCUGAGGACACUGUCCCGCAGGCUGCUGUCUGCUGACCAGGAGCACAGGGCGGGCCUGGUGCGCUCUCGCAGGGCUCUCCUCUGCGCUCUGUCCCGGAGGCUGGCUGUGCUGGCUCAGUAUGAGGAGGCUCUGGGACACCUCCAGGAGGCAGAGCAGGACCCUCUUCCAUCCCCUAAAGUCCAGCCCCUGGAGCUGACCUCCUCCUCUCCGUCCUCAUGGGCCCAGCAGCUCACACACAUCGAGCUGGAGAGACUGUCGUACGUGGAGCCGGAGGAGUUUGUGGAGGUCUUUAUGUCCAGAGGAGCAGAGGACGGUACAGAGGGAGGUCACAGCCCCCGGAGCCGCCCCCUGCAGGCGUAUGUGCAGUGGUUCAACAGACUGAGCCUCCUGGUGGCCACAGAAAUCUGCCUGCUGCAGAAGAGGAAGCAGCGAGUACAGGUGCUGGACUUCUUCAUCGACGUGGCGCAGGAAUGUCUCAACAUCGGCAACUUCAACUCCCUCAUGGCCGUUAUCGCUGGGGUGAGUAUGGCUCCUGUGUCUCGUCUGAGGAAAACCUGGAGCCGCGUGAACAAGGACAAGUUCACUGUCCUGGAGAGCCUGAUGGAUCCUUCAAACAACUUUUCCCACUACAGAACCGCUCUGAGAGGAGCCACUCAGCGCUGCCUGAAGGCACAGAGCCCCCACGAGAAGAUGGUGAUCCCGUUCUUCAGUCUUCUGCUGAAGGACUUGUACUUUCUGAACGAGAGCUGUGCUUUGAGACUGGACAGUGGACACAUCAGCUUCCAGAAAUGCUGGGAGCUGGCCAAGCGUGUGAGCGAGGUGAUGUCCUGGAGGAGAGCCCAGUGUCCGUUUGAGAAGAACCGGAGGAUCCUGGCAUACCUGCUGACCGCCCCCGUGUGCAGCCAGGACGCUCUGUGUCUGGCUUCCUACGAGAGCGAGGCCCCUGACAACCACAUGGACAAGCAGCAGUGGAAGACUCUGAGGUCCAGUCUGCGGAACAAGGUCUGA